AUGAGCAUGAUCGACGUGCUGACCCGGGUGGACGCCAUCUGCAAGAAGUACGAGAGGUACGACGCCGACAAGCACCGGAAUGACGCCGCCGACCCCUUCUCGCGGCUCUACGCCGACAUGGACGCCGUGAUCGACGAAGCCAUCGAGAAGUCGGAGCGGGCCGCGAGGGAGACGAACCGGGCGGCGGCGGUGACCCUCAACGCCGGCGUGCGGCGCACCAAGGCGCGGCUCCUGGAGGAAGUGGCCAAGCUCCAGAAGCUAGCCGGCAAGAAGAUGAAAGGGGUGUCGCGGGAGGAGAUGGCGCUGCGGCCUGAUCUGGUCUCGGCAUUGCAUCAGAGGAUCCAGUCGAUCCCCGACGGUGGCGGCGCGGCGGAUCAGAACGGCGGCGGGAACGCUCGGCCGGGGAUCAAGUUUGACUCUUCAGUUGCAGCUGAAACUUUGGACGAGGGCUACUUCCAGACCAGCGAGGAAUCGAAGGCUUUUCGAAUGGAGUUCGAGAUGCUCCGGAUCAAACAGGAUGAAGGGCUGGACCUCAUUUCUGAAGGCCUGGACACGCUGAAAAACCUGGCAGAGGACAUUGGUGAGGAACUGGACAGGCAGGUCCCUCUCAUGGACGAAAUUGACAGAAAGGUCGACAAGGCUAACACAGAACUAAGAAAGACCAACGUCAGGCUUAAAGAGAUAGUCAACCAGAUUCGAUCGACAAGGAACUUCACAGUUGAUAUCAUACUGAUAUGCAUCAUUCUUGGCAUUGGUGCUUACCUCUACAACGUACUCGCGCAGUGA